UUCCCUAAAACUUGAUUAGUCUGUAUCCGGUGGAGAAGAAGGAACUCGAUUUCUCUAUCCAAAGAUCAGAUUUUUGGGGCAUUUGUUACUCCUAGGAAGUGGUUCUCGUCAGCCAGAAGUGGAGGAGGAAUGAACCAUUUGUGCUGAAAGGGGAGGAGACAUGGCGAGAAGGAAGCCGGUUUUGUUCCUGCUCAGCGUCACUGUUGUUGCGCCUAUCGUUCUCGCCAUCACGCCUGGUUUCGUCGCCAAUAGCCAUUUCGGCGACGAGAUUCCCAUCCUGAGUUCAAGGAAUGAUGUCGAGACACUCAAUGCGCUUUCCCAGGAGUCUGUUGAUGCUGUCAAAGAACCAACUUGGGCCGUUUACCCUGAAAACUCCAGUAAUUCAGAUCAUGUCUCAGCUAAAUCCAGUAAUGGAGUGGAUGCAUCAACGACAACAGAAAUGCCUUUGGGCCAGUCUGGUCAACAUAAGAGCCGAGUAUUAUCAGAAGACUCAGAGGGAACUAAUUUGCAGACAAAGACUGUGAUUCAGCAAGUGACUAAAAGUGAAAGCGAAGAUGAUGGCCCCCAGAAGCCAGAAAUGGGACGAGAGAAAAAGGCGACAGCAUUCAAGAAGAAUACAUUUGCAACCGAGUCUGGAGAGCAGGACCAUCAGAAGCCAGAAAAAGGUUCGAAUAUUGAUUCAGGUGAUAUGCCUGAUGCAAAAAUUCGGCAAUUUAGGGACCAGCUGAUAAGAGCAAAGGUCUUUCUUAGUCUUCCAUCUUCUAAAACCUACCCAGAAUUCAUCAGGGACCUUCGAGUACAGAUGAGGUAUACUGAGCGCACACUUGGUGAUGCAACCUUGGACUCAGAAUUGCCAAAGAAUGCCCGUGAGAAACUGAAGGCAAUGGAACAAACAUUGUUGAAAGGCAAGCAAAUUCAAGAAGACUGCUCUGCUGUAGUCGAAAAGCUCCGAGCUUCUUAUCAGUCUGCAGAGGAACAAGUGCGUGUUCAGAAGAAACAAGAGUUGUUCCUGACACAAGUUGCUGCAAAAACCCUUCCCAGAGGUCUCCAUUGUCUUUCUUUGCAUCUUACCACACAGUACUAUUCACUUGACUCGAGCCAACAGCAAUUCCAACACCAAGAAAGGCUUGAAGAUCCUAAACUCUAUCACUAUGCACUGUUCUCGGAUAAUGUGUUAGCAACUGCAGUGGUUGUGAAUUCUACGGUGUUUCAUGCUAAGAACCCCAAGAACCAUGUAUUCCAUGUUGUUACCGAUAGACUCAACUAUGCAGCAAUGAAGAUGUGGUUUUUGGCUAAUCCGCCGGGGAAUGCAGCAAUUCAGGUUCAGAAUGUUGAGGAGUUUACAUGGCUGAACUCAAGCUAUAGCCCGGUUCUAAAGCAGCUUGGAUCUCAAUCUAUGAUAGAUUUCUACUUCAGGUUGCACCAUGCCAAGUCUGAUGGGAACUUGAAGUUCCGAAACCCAAAGUACCUGUCUAUCCUAAAUCAUCUGCGAUUCUAUCUACCUGAGAUCUUACCAAAACUCAGCAAAGUAGUAUUUUUAGACGAUGAUGUUGUCGUGCAGAAGGACCUUACCUCACUUUGGACAAUUGAUCUUAAGGGAAAGGUUAAUGGUGCAGUUGAAACCUGUGGUGAAAGUUUCCAUAGGUUCGAUAGGUAUCUCAACUUCUCAAACCCCCUUAUUGCUGAAAAUUUCGACCCUCAUGCCUGUGGCUGGGCAUUUGGGAUGAAUGUCUUCGAUUUGGAUGAGUGGAGGAAGCAGAACAUCACUGAUAUCUAUCACCAUUGGCAGACACUGAAUGAAGACAGACUCUUAUGGAAGUUGGGCACUCUUCCACCAGGUUUAAUAACAUUUUGGAAGCGCACUUACCCCCUCGAUCGCUCUUGGCACGUGUUGGGUUUGGGAUACAACCCAAAUGUGAACCAGCAAGAUAUCGAAGGAGCAGCUGCAGUACACUACAAUGGAAACAUGAAACCUUGGCUUGAAAUAGGGAUGGCCAAGUACCACAACUACUGGUCUAAAUAUGUGAACUACGACCAAGUUUAUUUGAGAGACUGCAGCAUCAAUCCUUAAGAACCAAAUGGUGUCUUCAUAUCCCGUCUAAUACAGGUUCAGCUUAUCUUUAGAUAUUAUGUUUGAUGGUCUUGUUCUACCUUUUUCUUUAAUUUGAUUCUUGGUGCUCUAGUUUAGCAAAGCUGGCUGGGGCUGCACUUCUUGUUUUUCUUUUUCGUUUACGAUGACUGCAUAUAUGCUUCAACAUUAAUGAGAGUUAGAAUUUGGUUCAUGUUGCAUGCACUUGGAUGUGCUUCUUUCAUACUUUUUGCUACAAAUUGAACUACCAUCAUAG